UCGCAACAGCUCCUCCCUCGCUUCCUCUCUCGUCCUCCUUAAUAUCCUGACUUUGCACUGACCUCAGAAACCGAGGAGGAAUGCAGGACCCUGGCUUUCCAGGUGCUCAAGGUAUGAUGGCAGGCCAAGUCCCCACACAGUACUGGAACAGCCAAGGAAACCAAGGCCUCAGAGAUUCACAACUGAGACUUGUCUUGAUGGGUCCAAGUAGGGCAGGAAAAAGUGCCACAGGGAACAGCAUCUUGGGGAAGAGAGUGUUCCAGUCUGGCCUUGCAGCCGAAAGUAUCACCAAGGUCUGUGCCAGAGGCACCAGCACGUGGAAUGGAAGAGAAGUUGUAGUGGUGGACAUGCCUGGCAUUUUUGACAGUGAUGUCAGGGAUGCUGAAACCAGCAAGGAGAUGGAUCACUGCUUUGUCCUGAGCUCCCCGGGGCCUCAUGCUCUGCUCCUGGUGGUCCCGCUAUGCCACUACACCCAGGAAGAGCGCAAGGCCAUGGAGAGGUUGCGGAAGACCCUUGGUGACACAGCCAAGGGACACAUGAUCCUCUUAUUCACUCGGAAAGAUGACCUGGAAGGUGUGGAUUUCCUCGAGUACCUAAAGACAGCUCCAGAAGGCAUUCGAGAGCUGGCAGGCAUGUUUGCUGACCGCUUCUGCCUGUUCAACAACAGGGCAACAGGACCAGAACAGGAGGCUCAGAGGGCACAGCUUCUGGAUUUGGUCCAGAAAGUGGUGAUGCAGAAUGAAGGAGGAUUCUACAAAAACAAGAAAUGCCAGAAGGUCUCUAUGAACAUGGCUGACCAAGUCUUCAAGGACUCCCUGAGAAUCGUUCUUGUGGGGAAAACCGGCAGUGGGAAAAGCGCCACAGGGAACACAAUCAUUGGAGGAAAAGUAUUUAAAUCUGGACACUCAGCGCAUGCCAUCACCAAGAACUGCCAAAAAGAGUAUCGAGAGUGGAAAGGGAAACAGCUCCUGGUGGUGGACACCCCAGGGCUCUUUGACACCAAGGAGAAACUGGACACGACCUGCAGAGAGAUCAGCCAAUGUGUCCUCUUUACCAGACCUGGCCCUCACGCCAUCAUCCUGGUGGUGGAGCUGCGUCGUUUCACAGAAGAAGAACAGAAAACCAUUGCACUGAUCAAGGCUCUCUUUGGGAACUCUGUCAUGAAACACAUGAUCAUCCUCUUCACACGCAAGGAUGAGCUGGAGGGGAAGUGUCUGACUGACUUCAUAGCAGAAUCAACUGUAAACCUAAGAAACAUCAUCAAGGAGUGUGACGACCGCUACUGCGCCUUCAACAACAAGGCCCAGUGGGUGGAGAACGACUGUCAACUGCAGGAGCUGAUACAGGUGAUAGAGAAAAUGGUGCAGAAGAACAAAGGAGGCUAUUUCUCAGACAAUAUUUACAAGGAUGUCGAAGAGAGACUGAAGCAGAAGCAAGAAAAACUGAAGAAAAUCUAUGACGACCAACUGAAGAACGAAAUUAAACUUGUGGAGGAGGAAUGUGCUGGGAUGUCAAGGGAAAAAAUAGAGGAAAAGAUCAAUGUACUGAAGGAGCAGUAUGAAAACAAAAUGAAACAUCUUAAAGAAGAAGCUGAGAGCAGUGUGUUUGCAGAUCUGACAGAUGCAAUUAAGAAGAUCCUCUCCAAAAUAUGGAACAUGUUUUCCAAGUAAAAGAAGAGUCAGAAUUGCUUCUCAGUCAGCUCUCACUAGAUUGUACUACACUGAGCUCGAUGGCAAUAUUUUCCAUGCCACCUGUGCUUCUUACACGCUGAAAUUGAUGCUCUUCGUCUAGACUUGUGGGAUGAGUCAUUCUGAUGGGGAUUAAUUGGACUCUGGGGAUUGUUUUGAUCAACACACCAUGGAGUAUCAGCUUGUGACUUCCAUAGUUAGAUAACAGAGAAUGCUUCUGAGCUUCUCUAGGAUCCCAGAUCUUGGAACUUGGUUACCAUAUUAUUGAGAAGUCAAGCUUCUCAAGGAGAGACCCACAGGAAGUGGACAUGAAAUCUUUGCCUAUUUGUUGGUCAAUCUCCCAUAUAUCUGUCGGAACCAAACUACCAGUCCCUACAGUGAGGCAACACAGAUCAUGACCCAGGUUCCAACUGAACCACCUUGGAUAAAGUGCAAGGCCAAGCCCUCUCCCCUUAACCUGACCCACAAUUCAGGUUGCUAACAAAAGUAAAGAAUUGCUUUCAACCA